ACGCUUUUGCUUCAAAGGAGGCCGGGCUUACUAGCCUUGUCUUUCUUCCCAAGAACACCGUUUUGGAGCGGAACUGUCUAUCGAAGAUGGUGCGCGAGGCAGACGAAGAGGAGGCCAUGCUCCCAAACGGAGUUGCGGAUAGAAGGACGUCGUCUAGUCCUUCGAUCUGUUUUCCUCCUUGUGGCAGAUCGAGUUUAUUGAUUGGGAACGCCUUCGACCUUAUCGUUGUGCAGAACGAGCAUGAGUUUGCAGCGGGUGACGCUAUUUUCUGGUUUGGCGUCAAGUUUUUGAAAAUUGGAGCCUGUGACAGUGGGGGAAGUCGAAUAGUCUUGGAGGUCGCGCAAGGGAAAAGGAGUGCGGUCCGAUUUCCCAUUGUCCAUCAGAAAAUUCAGGAACCGGAGCCACCAUUGGAAUAUCAUCCGUCUGACGGCGCUAUUGUUGCGAAGAACAGAAAGACUCGGCUUUCAACAAACGCUGCACGUACAGAGCAUGACCCUACAGCGCUUUCUCAGCUCGCUAAUCUCCUCGAAAGUGGCGUCAACUCGGCAAGAUACCUUUUAUUGGACGGCGACGAUUACGUGCUCGGUGUUGCGCCAGUUAACGUAUUUCUUUGGUCAACUAGAGAUAGGCUUCUGGUAGUAGAUAUUGACGGAACCAUUACAAGGUCAAAUCUGCGGGGGGUCAUUGAUACGAUACUGACGGAGCAGUAUACCUAUUGCCAUGAUGGCGUAUGUCAGUUUCUCUCUUCGAUUGAAAACGUGCGGAUGCUUUACCUUACAUCGCGUCCUAUUGGAAUCGCCAACACAACCAGAAAAUUCCUGUCACAGCUUCGCCAGGCACAAAGUCAUCAACUUCCUGGUGGCCCUUUGCUGGGCUUCACCGGCAGCAUGGCCAAGGUUCUUCUGAUGGAGCUGGUAUCGAAAUCGGUCCACGAAUUUAAGCGGGAAGCUCUGACCACCAAUGUAGUACGUCCAUUCUUACAGUUGGGCGUCCGUAAUGUCUUCUUAGCCGGCUUUGGUAACAGUCUCAUGGAUAUGCAGGCAUAUCACGGAGCUGGAAUGCAAAUGCAUCAGAUCUACUUGGUUGACAAACGCUCGCGGAUUUAUUGUCUCGACUGCAAAGCCAACCGAGAGCCUCUACGGAACCAGGACUAUAUGCACGCAAGAGGAACACUGUUUGAAGGAUAUCAAGAUAGCAAGCUCAUGGCUCAUAUUCUCGGACAAGCACUCAUAGAAACUUUCGAUACCAAGCCAAAAUUGGCGGCUUCACUGAAGAUUGUAUAG